ACUGAUGAUACCCCCGAAUUUAACAUAACUGAUGAAGCUUCAAAUUCUGAUGAACCCAAUAAUGCUUCAGCAUCCGAUAUAUCUGACAAUACUUCAAAAUCAGAUGUAAAUUCGGCCAAUAUCCCACAUAAUCUAUUCCCACAGGGGGAGAAGCUUCGGGAUCAAGAGGCCUCUUUGGAAAAACUAGACUCUUCAAGAGAAUUAGAGGAGUUGAUGUCACCUCCAUUAUCAUCUGAAGCUAGUACAUACGUGCCAAGUAAAGUUGUACAAGGUUUGUUACAAAGAUUUUCGGUAAACUCUAUAGAAGGAGAAAAUAUUGAAUUCAUUAAUAGUAACCCUUCAUAUUCUGCACCUGCUGAGCUUGCUCAUUUGUUAUAUCAGGCUAGCAAAGCGAGAAAAAAAUCUAUCAAAGCUAAGCAGGAAGAAAUUUUAUCUUGGGGUCGCUAUUCUGAAAA